AUGAGCGAAACAUUCUUCGGCAUGAAUGCCUCUCCUACAGCACGAGUACUUCUCUCGUUCACAGCCUAUAUCCUCGCGUCUCUCAUCUACUAUACCGUCGACAUCCACAUCCUUUCCGAAAUCGUAGACUCCGAUGGUAUAGUCAACGACACCGUCAACGCCUGCGUCCUGAUCUUCUUCAAUUUGGUCGUCCUCCUCCCAUUUCUCGGUCUCAGUCUACUGAACUCAAUCCGAGCCAUGAGCCAAGCCUUCUUCGACGAAGCUGCUGAUUCAAGAGUCGUGUUCGGCUGUAUCCUUGGACCUCUCUUUAUGGCUGCCAAGCUGCUUUUCUCGGACGGAGUGGAGGAGAUGGGAUUCUUUGAGUGGUUAUGGUGGGUACAGUGGGCUGUGGUACCUGGAGCUGCGGUCAUGACGGUUUUCGGCAAGGUCUGGAAUAGAUUCGUUGUGAGAAGAAGAGGGCAGUCGAGGGAGUCGGAGGAGGAGGAAGGUCUCGUCGACCACGUCGAGGGCGAGAGUCUAGCCCAUGCUAUCGAGAGAUCCGAGAUGUAUCAGAAUGAGCUCUCAGCAUCUAACAGACCUAGUGCUGCGAUUCGCGAUGAGGAGAAGCUUUGA